CUAUGUGACAGCACUGACAUCCAAGCUGUUUCUUUCUCUUCGAGCAAAAUAUUCCUGUGAAAACAAAAUGCUGCCUGCAACUUUCAAACUGUGCGCUGGCAUUUCCUACCGGCACAUGAGGAACAUGAGAGGUUUGAGAAAGAAUGCAAUUGUGGCUCUUCACCAUGAACUGGACAGACUUGCAGGUCCAUGCCCCAGUAACUGGAUUACCCAAGUGCGGAGACGAAGUUCCCUCCUCAGUUCUCCGAUCAGAGAAGAAAUUGGAUACAGUGAGGAGGAAAUGUCAUAUGUGAAACAAGGUGAAGAUGCACUGCAGAAAGCUAUCAGCAUCCUCAGUGAGCAGGAAGGCUGGAUUGUUGAAACUGUUGCAGCAAAUGGUGACAAAGUCCUGAGUAAGGUAUUGCCUGGCAUUGGAAAGGUGUUCAGACUAGAGGUACUGUUAGAGCAACAUCCUGACAGCCUUUACGGAGAGCUGGUGGGAAACAUGGAGCAGAUGGGGGAGUGGAACCCAAAUGUGAAGCAGGUCAAGAUUCUUCAAAAAAUCGGCAAGGACACUAUGGUGACUCAUGAGGUGUCAGGAGAUACACCAGGCAAUGUAGUGGGGCCUCGGGAUUUUGUCAGCGUUCGAUGCGCAAAGCGCCGAGGCUCCACCUGCUUCUUGGCUGGAACGUCCACUCAACAUCCAGAGAUGCCAGAGCAGAGGGGUGUGGUCCGGGGAGAGAAUGGGCCCACAUGCAUAGUUAUGAAGCCCAGCAGUGAAGACCCAAAUAAGACCAAAUUCACCUGGUUACUAAAUAUAGAUUUAAAGGGCUGGAUCCCAAAGACCAUCAUCAAUAAAGUGCUCUCCCAGACACAGGUGGACUUUGCCAACCACCUCAGGCAAAGAAUGGCCUGUCAGGUUACCGCGGAGAUGGCUCACACCUGCUGACAAUUUACAUCCCUCCGAUGCUUUGACAUCUGGCAUUUGGUAGUGGCAGAGGAGACAUGUCAUAAACAUGCUAUGAUUAGGCAAAAGUAAUUUCUAGGGACAUUAGAUGAAUAUAUUGCUUGACUAAACAUGGGGAAAUCUGGGCAUAUCUGCUGUAUCAAUUGGCCAAGGGAAAGUUUUUCUUUCACUUACAUCAUAAUUCCGAUGAACAUAUUCAUUGCAAUAAACCAUGAGCCUGUCCGAACAGUAAAACAUUGAAUAAACCGCACAUAGUUUCAGAGUGAUAACGCAUCGUUCUGCUUUGAAGUUGCACAUUUUAUUGCAGUGCUUUAUUUAUUGAUUUGAUGCGGUUGCAAUAAAACGCUGCCAAGUGAAUAAACGAUUUCUAUGUCGUUGUUAUUUAUGAUUGUAUGCAAAAAAAUCUCCCUAUGCAUGAUACAAAGGAAGCUUUAUUUUUAUCAUUGAGGCAUGCCAAGAAUUUUAUUUUUCUGUCCGUUCUGCAUUUUUCAAUCUGAAUCUGAGUUAACCUUUGAUCAGUUACCAUGUCAGUUUUUACUCUGAUCGUGUAGUGCCCUAUGACAUUCACCUGCAUAUUACUCAGUUUAUUCUGAUAACAUGUUCAGAUCUUUAUUGUUUUUAGACCUUUUGCACUUUUACUCAAUUGUAUUUAUUUAUUUUUUACACUGUGCUCAUUGAUAUGCCCAUAGUUGUCGAUAUGAUUCGCAAAUAAACUUCCAUUA